AUCAACAAUCCAAAAAUGUUCAAGUUUGUAAUGGUAUUCGCAGUUUUGGGCUUGGCCGCCGCCGGUGUUGCCAAUCUACCGCAUGCUCCCGUGGGACGCGCCGAGGAUGUUCAUGCCGAGGUCAAGUCCGAGCACAGCGAUGUGCGCGCCGAUGGCUUCGAUGCUGAUCUCCUGGUGUCCAACAGCAUCCAGCAGGCAUCCAGCGGUGAUGUCCAUGGCAACAUCCAUGGCAGCUUCAGCUGGAUCUCGCCCGAGGGCGAGCAUGUGGAGAUCAAGUAUGUCGCCGAUGAGAAUGGCUACCAGCCCGUGGGUGCCGUCCUGCCCACUCCACCACCAAUCCCAGAGGCCAUUGCCCGUUCCAUCGCAUGGCUGGAGUCGCACCCACAGGCCCCCGAGCCCGUGCACCACUCCGUGCAUCAUUAAGGCCCCCAACCACCCCGAAUACGCAGCGCACCCAUGGACUGUUCUCUGGACACCUUUCUCUAAUUAGUUCUAAGAAUUCUUCUUGACUUUCAAAAUACAUGCAAAAUGAUAACAGUAA